GGCGGAGGCGGCGGAGGCGGCGGCGCCUGCGCGUCUUCUGUCAGGGUCAGCAGGCGGGUCACCUGGGCGGUCCACCUGCGCGUCGCGGAGCCGCGCCCUGGGGGUCGAUGGCGAUGAACUAUAACGCGAAGGAUGAAGUGGAUGGUGGGCCCCCGUGUGCUCCCGGGGGCACCGCUAAGAACCGGAGGCCGGAUAACACGGCCUUCAAACAGCAACGGCUGCCGGCUUGGCAGCCCAUCCUUACCGCCGGCACGGUGCUCCCCACCUUCUUCAUCAUCGGCCUCAUCUUCAUCCCCAUCGGCAUCGGCAUCUUCGUCACCUCCAACAACAUCCGCGAGAUCGAGAUUGAUUAUACCGGCACGGACCCUGCCAGUCCCUGCAAUAAAUGUUUGUCUCCGAACGUGACGCCUUGUAUUUGUACCAUUAACUUCACACUGGAACAGUCAUUUGAGGGCAAUGUGUUUAUGUAUUAUGGACUGUCUAAUUUCUAUCAAAACCAUCGUCGUUAUGUGAAAAGCUCUCAGUAG